GUGGGCAUGGCCACCUUAGGUAGAAAAAUGCAUAAACCAUCACAAAUCACAAGUUUUAUCAUCAACAUUAUUUUGAUUAGUAAAUACACAUGCAGUUAUGAUUUUUCUAUUCUAGUUUGCGAAUGCAUACAUUGUUUCUUGAAUAGUCUCUGGUAGCAAUGUUCGAAAUUGCGCAAUAGUAUCCCCUCCUUGAGGCACCCCUUGCUGAUUUUCGGCCAAAAUGCAAUGAAAGGUGUAACCUAAUUGACGCCAUAGAAUUGAAAGGCAUACGCCUUUUGGGGAGAGACGUAUGUUCUAAGGCGGCGCUAUAGGGCGAGGUGAAAUCGUACGGAAUAGAAGGACAUUGAUUAAAUGAAAUAAUUGAGCCAAUAAGUAUUUCAAUAAUUGACAAUAUCUGCUCCUACCAUCUCCUGUUCUAUCUCUCGCUUCUCACCUCUCGCUUCUGGUAUUUAUCUCUGUGUCUCGCCACACUAGUUGAGCAUCUCGCCAUUGACUCCCGCAAUGUAGCUCUGCCGCAAGUCACGAGUCGCAACUCCCCCAAGUUAUCCAAGGUCUCACUUAUCCAACACUCCCUCGCACUAAAGCUGUGACAUGUUCUCAGUGUCUUCAUGGAGAAGCUGUCUUCUUUCAGAUUGAAGAACGAAGGUCGAAGAAGAGCCUAGCAGCUUGCGACACAAGCCGACCUGCAGCCACCAGCCGCACUGUCGGACGCCGUCGCCCACUCGGCCGUGUUUUCUCUCCGGCUCUCCGCUCUGCCUAUAGCUCCUGAGCCCCAGCCUCUAGGUGACCAGGGUUUACAGGGGAAGAAAGUUUGAGAACCAAAACGCGAUUUAGAGGAAGUAAAAAUUGUUCCUUGAGCUGAAACGAAAGACUUGAGAAAAUGAGUACCAUGAAGUUUUGCUGUGAAUGCAAUAACAUUCUGUACCCAAAGGAAGACAAAGACCAGAAGAUCCUCCUCUAUGCAUGUCGUAAUUGCGAUCACCAGGAGGUUGCUGAAACCAAUUGUGUGUACAGAAAUGAAGUAUUUCAUUCUGUUGGUGAGAAAACAGUAAUCUUACAUGAUGUAACUGCAGAUCCAACACUCCCUCGCACUAAAGCUGUGACAUGUUCUGAGUGUCGUCAUGGAGAAGCUGUCUUCUUUCAGGCUGCUUCAAGGGGAGAAGAAGGAAUGGCUCUGUUCUUUGUUUGCUGCAACCCAAGCUGUGGCUUCAAGUGGAGGGAUUAAUAAAACUAAAGUGUUUGACAACUUGUGGGUGGGGAUUGGGGGGGGGGGGGGGGGGGGGGGGGGUAAUGCUCCCUGCAUGCGCUUUGCUUUGUUAUCAGCUAUAGGAAUAGGUCUUGGGCUACAUGAAUUUUGUAUUUUUUUGUGCAUUCAUAUGUAUCAACCAUUCAUUUGGUAGUGAAAAGUUCAAUUACUUUUAAAUAGCCAAUGGGUGUCACAUGAAUGUAUACAAAAAAAAUAUCGAUAUCAUGUAUCCCUAUCCUUACUCGAGACUUAAAUGGGUUGCACAUGUAUACAAAAAAAUGUACCUUUACUCCAUCUAGACUCUAGUGUUGAGGUCC